AUGAAGCCUACCAAAUUACUAGACGGCCACGGAAGUCUCUACAAGGAAGUACGCUUUUCUCCGACCGAAACACCAAUCCGUCGCACAAAAUCCGUUUCAGCCACAUUUCCUCCUGUAAUUUCAGGCCACGGCCGAACAGCAUUCCAAGACUCGACGUGGGUGAAUUCGUUCACCAUGGAUACGUCCUAUAUCGACCAAUCGCGGGCACUUCUCCAGAGCCAACGGCUGAACUUUGAGACGGAGAGGGAAUUGUUUGCGCAAGAGCGCCGGUUAUGGGAGAAAGAGCGCGCGUUCUUACGAUCGAAAAUUGCUGAGCUGGAGGUGUUUGUCAAAAGUCAAGGAAACAGAACAAGUCAAUUGGGAUCGGAAGCCGCCAAACUUGUGCUUGCAGGUGGAAUAUCGCAGUAUAACACAAAUGGCCUUGCGGCUCAAGUGUGGGAGGGGACAAGUCCAGGCAAUCCUCCAACAAGGGUGUUCUUCGACCAUGAAUCUCCAGACCAAAGCUAUCUAUCGCCAAUCUCCGAAAUAGACCCUUCUGGAGCAGCUGUGAGUCAGCCGGUGCCGAUCGAAAAGCUUGACAGCACCCUGGAUGGUAUCACGCUCAAGUCUACGGCGCUGCCACCCGCCGUGGUAGCUCGAGUGAUCACCCCGCCCUCCCCAUCGCCCCUGGUAACCCCUGGAACUGCCCCUUCAACCGCUGCAAGGCCUAUCAUGGAACAUCGAAACAGUCUUAAGUUAAAGCUGUCAGAGCUUGGACCGCCCAAUGAGAACUUGCUCCGCCAUGCAGGUCACACCCCGAUGGCGAUCAUCGACGCUGAUGAUAGUCGGUCCACUCAGGAGGGGACUCCCCUCGAGGCUGGCUCCCAGAUUGAGAACGCCCCUCUUCAGCCCGUGGCGAACGUUCAUCAACCCACCGAAAAUGAGAUCUCCUACUUUCCGGAUGUGCCAGACGACCCCGCUCUCACGGGGCCCCUCGGUCUGAUUAAUGAUGACGAGCACGACUCCAAUUUUUUGAGCGAACUCGAUCAGAAACUCCUUGUUCAAGCGAAGAAUAUUCUAGGCAGCUCGGUGGAAUCGGCUGAUCCCAAUGAGAGCGAUUCUGAGUCUGAAUUUCCUCGCCAAGGCGAGCAAGAACUUGAAAUCAAAUUCAAGAAAUCAACUAAUUUCGGCACUGCAUUUGGGAUAUCGAACUCGGGUCAAGUGUAA